AUGCCAAGACAAUCAAGUCGUUAUGACUGGGCUCAUUCAUCUAUUUUACGUGUUUUUGAUGUUUUAUUUUGGUCAUGGCUUAAUCCUAUACUUUCAUUAGGUUAUAAACGUGAAUUGAAAGAUGAAGAUCUUGAUGAUUUAUCAAUGAAUGAUAAAUGUUCUGUAGUAUUAAAUAAAUUAAGUUAUUAUAGUGAUAAUAAUAUUUGGUUAACAGAUACAACUACAUGGCGUAUCGUUUUACGAGCUUUUUGGAAACAAUGUGCUUUUGUUAUAUUUUUAUUACUACCAUAUAAUGCAGCACGAGUUGCUCAACCAUUACUUCUUCGACAAAUCGUAUUAUAUAUAAUUGAUCAAAAAUCUCAACCUGAUCCACCAUUAACAUCUAUUCAAGCUUAUAUUGGUUAUUUCUAUGCUUUAGGUUUAUUUGUAUGUUCAGCAACACAAGCUUUUCUUCAUCAACAAGCUUAUUUUCGUACGACUCGUUUGGGUAUGCGUGUUCGUAAUGCACUAUCAGCAACAAUUUAUAAACGUUUAUUAUCACUUAGUACAGCAUCUUUACAACAAACAACAACAGCUGCACAAAUAAUUAAUUUAGUUGCUAAUGAUGCAAGUAAAUUCGAAGAAUUUGGUCAAUAUAUGCAUUAUCUUUGGGAAGUACCACUUCAAGCAUCAAUUGCAUUUGGUUUAAUAUGGUGGUCAAUUGGUUUAUUACCAACAUUAUUUGGUUAUGGUGUACUUGCUGUUCUAUUACCUUUACAAUUAGCAUUUGGUCGAAAAUUUAGUAAAUAUCGUCGAAGAACAAUGGCAUGUGCUGAUAAACGUGUACAAGCAGUUAAUGAACUUGUUAAUGGAUGUCAAAUUGUUAAAAUGUAUAAUUGGGAAAAAUCUAUGGAACAACGUAUUACAAAUUUACGUCAAAAUGAAUUAGCUAGUAUACGUCGUGCAAGUCGUUUACGUGCUGUUAAUAUGGGUUUAUAUUUUUCUUCAUUACCAUUGAUUUCUUUAGCAACUUUUGGUGGUUAUUGGUUUAUGGGUAAUGAUUUUAAACCAGUAGAUAUUUUUACUGCUCUGACAUUUUUUGCUUUAAUGAGAGUAUCAAUAACAAAUUAUUUACCAGUUGCUAUUGAACGUUUUGCUGAAAUGUUAGCUGCAUCAAAACGUAUAGAUGCAUUUAUGCGAUUAACAAAAAUUCAAGAACAAAUAACAACAGAUGAACAAAAUCAAACAUUAGGUAUAGGUAUAUCUAUGAAUAAUGCAUCGUUUUCAUGGUCAGAAACAACUUGUUUAAGUAAUCUUACAAUUAAUAUUGAUCCUGGUACAUUAGUGGGUAUUGUUGGACCUGUUGGAGCUGGCAAAUCAUCUUUAUUAUCUGCCAUUCUAGGUGAAAUGACAUUAAUAGAUGGUACAUCUCGAGUACGUGGUUCUUUUGCAUACGCUGUACAAUCACCAUGGAUAUUUGCCGAUACUAUUCGAGCUAAUAUUCUUCUUGGUAAACCAUUUGAUGAACAACGUUAUGCAAAUGUAAUACAAGCAUGUUGUCUAGAUGUUGAUUUUGCUACAUUUGGAGAUAUUGGUGAUUUAAUAGUCGUUGGUGAAAAAGGUGUUAAUGUUAGUGGUGGACAAAAAGCACGUAUUGCAUUAGCAAGAGCAUUAUAUGUCGAUGCUGAUAUCUAUUUAUUAGAUGAUCCACUUUCAGCUGUAGAUCAGGAUGUAGCUCGACGAAUUUAUGAUCAAUGUAUUGGACCAAAUGGAUUAUUAAAAGAUAAAACACGUCUUUUAGUUACUCAUCAGACACAUUUUUUAGUUGAAUCAGCAAAUCAAAUUAUCUUUUUGAAAGAUGGUAAGAUUGAUCCAGAAGCACGAAUCGAACAAAAUAAUGACAUACAAUCAACAACAACAACAAAUGACCAAGAAAUUGAUAAAGAAGCAGAAGAAAUAAUAUUACAACCAUUACUAACUGAUGUAACUAAAAGUACUAAAGAUAAUAAAUCAAUUAUUGCUAAUGAAACAGCUGCAGUUGGUGCUGUAACAUGGUCUAUCUGGUAUAAAUUAUUUGCUUCAACACCUUUCAGUUGGUUUGGUCUUUUAUUAUUAAUUAUUAUUAUGAUUAUUGGCGAAGCAACCUAUGAUGUAUCUAAUAGAUGGCUUAGUUUAUGGUCAGCUAAAUCACAUGAAGAACAAAGAUCAUGGACGAAUAUGUAUGUCUAUUUAGGUUUAACAUUAGGUACACUUAUUAUUUCUUUGUUACGUGCACAAUAUUAUUUUUAUUUGAUUUUAUCCGGUUCAAAUAGUCUACACAAUAGUAUGUUAAAAGGAUUGUUAUAUACAUCACUUCGAUUUUUUGAAAGUAAUCCAAGUGGACGUAUUUUAAAUCGUGCUAGUAAAGAUCAACAAGUUAUUGAUGAAUUAUUACCAAUGACAUUAUUUGAUGCUAUACAAUGUUUAUCAAUGACAGUAGGUUCAUUAGUUAUUAUUGGUAUUAUUAAUCCAUGGGUAUUACUUAUUCUUAUACCUAUUUUACCUUCUUUUUGGUAUCUACGUCGUUUUUAUUUACGUUCAAGUCGUCAAAUAAAACGAUUAGAAAGUGUAACACGUAGUCCUGUUUAUGCACUUUUUUCUUCAUCUUUAAAUGGUGGUCUUUCAACUAUUCGUGCAUUUAAUGUACAAGAUGACUUUGUACAAUUAUUUAUUGAACGAGUUGAUACAAAUUCACGUGCUUUUUUUAUUGUCAUUUCGGCUGUACGUUGGUUUGGUUUACGACUUGAUCUAAUGACAUCAUUACUUACAUUCGCUACAUCGGCUUUAACAAUAGCAUUUCGUCAUGAUAUUAAUGCACCAUCAGCAGCACUUAGUCUUAUGUAUUGUAUUAAUUUAACGAUGCUUUUUCAAUGGGCUGUAAGACAAUCAGCUGAAGCAGAAAAUUUUAUGACAAGUGCUGAACGUAUUCAUGAAUAUGGGCAAUUACCAUCGGAAGAAGAUAAAAAUAAUAAUGAUUUACUUAUACAACCACCUGAUGAUUGGCCAAAUCAAGGAGUUAUUGAAUUUAAACAAUAUUCAAUGCGUUAUCGUAUUGAAUUAGAACCUGUUCUUAAUAAUAUUAGUUUACAUAUUGAACCAAAAGAAAAAAUCGGUAUUAUUGGUCGAACAGGUGCAGGAAAAUCUUCUUUAUUACAAGCUAUAUUUCGACUUAUUGAUCGACAAUCUAUAAAUGGUCAAAUUCUUAUUGAUGGUAUUGAUAUAAAUUAUAUUUCAUUACAUGAUCUUCGAUCACGAUUAAGUGUUAUUCCUCAAUUACCAAUUUUAUUUGCUGGUACACUUCGUUAUAAUCUAGAUCCUUUUGAACAAUAUACAGAUGAUCAAUGUCUUUCAGCACUUGAAUCAGUUCAAUUAAAACAUAUUGUCUCUAAUCAUGCAGCUGGUCUUCAUCAAUUAGUAGCUGAAUCGGGUAGUAAUUUUAGUGCUGGUCAGUGUCAAUUAAUAUGUGUUGCACGUGCUAUUUUAAAACAAAGUAAAAUAUUAAUGAUUGAUGAAGCAACAGCAAAUGUUGAUCGAGCAACAGAUUCAUUAAUCCAGAAUGUUAUUGGAGAUAAAUUUCAAAAUCGAACAAUUCUAACUAUUGCUCAUCGAUUAAAUACUGUUGCUAAAAGUGAUCGAAUUAUUGUAUUAGAUCAUGGUAUGAUCAUUGAUUUUGAUACUCCAAAUAAUGUUUUACCAAAACAUGGACUUAUUCAACCAGUUAAAAAUGAUGAUGAGUUGGUUAAUUUUGAAUGA